UUCCAUGGCCCAGAUCGCCUCAGGCAAGUAACUGAACUGGUCUCCGGGUCCUUGAGGAAACAGGGAUGGAAGGAACUUGAGGAAAAAUAAUUUCCUGCAGACUGGAGAGUUUAGUGUUAAUAUAAUAGAGAAAUUCAACCCCAGCUUCCCAGAGCGGAGCCGGUGCUGGCUUAGGCUGUAAUAGCGCAGGGACCUUCCUGUCCCAGCCUCUGGACAGCUGGGUCCCUCCCAGGCCGGCUUGUCCCGUCCCCCUGCGUGCCCAGGGGCAGGAUUCCUGGUCCCUGACUCCGGGAUGGAGCACAGGGAUGAGCCAUGUGUCUGGGAUCUCCAGGGUGCCGAGGAAAGGGGGACCCUGACCGUCACUUGCACAGUAGGUGCUGGGAUGGAGGAGGAUAAUCCCGAGCAGGAAGGGGCUGCAGGGAGGGAGUCUCGCGUGAUGUCCCAGAGCUCUGAGCAGGGAAAGGCCAGCGGGGCUGGACGGCAGCAGGAGACAGAGGUGAUAUCUGCGGAUGAGAUGGACAUCAGGGUGGUGACGGAGCACAACCACGCCCAGGCUGAGGCGCGCCCCUACAGCUGCUCGGACUGCGGGAAGAGCUUCAGCCAGAGCUCCCACCUGGUCCAGCACCAGCGCACUCACACUGGCCAGAAGCCCUACAAGUGCACUGAGUGCGGGAAGUGCUUUGUCCUCAGCUACAACCUCAUUGAUCACCAGCGCAUCCACACCGGAGAGCGCCCCUACAAGUGCGGCCAGUGUGGGAAGGGCUUCAUCCGGAGUUCCCACCUCUUCCAGCACCAGCGCAUCCACACGGGCGAGCGGCCCUACCAGUGCACCAAGUGCGGGAAGAGUUUCAACCGCAAUUACACCCUGGUGAAGCAUUACCACACCCACGUCGGGGAGCAGCCCUUCAUCUGCAGCGAGUGCGGGAAGAGCUUCAGCCUCGGCUCCUUUGCCCAGCACGUCCGCACCCAUACAGGCGAAAAGCCCUACAGCUGUGCCGAGUGCGGCGAGAGUUUCAGCAGCAGUUCCAACUUGAGCCAGCACCGGCGCAUCCACACCGGGGAGAAACCUUACAGCUGUGGCCACUGCGGGAAAAGCUUCAGCCAGAGCUCCAACCUCAUCAAGCACCGGCGCAUCCACACCGGAGAAAGACCCUACAGCUGCCCCGAGUGUGGCAAGACCUUCAACCAGAGCUCAUCGCUCAUGCAGCAUCAGCGGAUCCACCGCGGCGAGCGGCCCUAUGAAUGCACCGAGUGCAGGAAGCGCUUCAUCGACAGCUCCAAGCUCAACAAGCACCGGCGCACCCACACCGGUGAGCGGCCCUACAAAUGCACCGACUGCGGGAAGGGCUUCAGAGACAGCUCCGCCCUCAUGAAACACCAGCGGACCCACACCAAGCAGGGAGGGAAACCCUACAAAUGCCACGAGUGCAACAAAAGCUACAGCCUGAGCUCGAACUUGAGCCGCCAUCGCAGGAGCCACACGGGGGAGAGAUCCCACAAAUGUGCCCAGUGCGGGAAGAGCUUCCACUUCAGCUCCCAGCUUGUCCAGCACCAGAUCAGCCACACUGGGGAGCGACCCUACAAAUGCCCUGACUGCGGGAAGAGCUUCGGUGUGAGCUCCAACCUUCUCCAGCACCAGCGCAUCCAUUGGGUGGAGCGACCCUACAGCUGUGCCAACUGCGGGAAGAGCUUUGGCCACAGCUCCCUCUUGGCCCAGCACCAGCGCAUCCACAUGGACGAGAGACCCUACAAGUGUGGGGAGUGCGGGAAGGCUUUUGGGGUGAGCUCGGCCCUGAUCCGACACCAGCGGAUCCACACAGGUGAGAGGCCUUACAAGUGUCUGGUUUGCGGGAAGAGCUUCAACCUUAGCUCCAACCUCUUCACCCAUCGCAGAAUCCACUGGGACGAGAAACCUUAUAAAUGCCCUGAAUGUGGGAGAAGCUUCAGCCAGAGCUCAAGCCUCAGCCGCCACCAGAUCAGCCAUACGGGAGAACGACCAUACAAAUGCCCUGAGUGUGGAAAGUGCUUCAACCAGAGCUCCCUCCUGAUCCGGCAUCAGCGGAUCCACACGGGGGAGCGACCCUACAGAUGCUCCCAGUGCUGGAAGAGCUUCCUACGGAGCUCCCAGCUGAAGAGACACCAGAGAGUCCACACUAGGUAGGGGGCAGUGACUGAUGACUCUCUGUAGGAGUUCUACAGACCAACCAGGAUCACUUGGAGAAUUGGGAUCAUCUCAACAAGAUGUGUUUUAACACAACCAAAUGCAAUGCUGUACAUUCAGGAAUGUAUUUUGCAUUUACUGGGUGAAGGACUGUAUCCUGGGACACAGUGACUCUGAAUAGGACUUACGGGUCCUGGUGGAUAAGCAGUUGACCGUCAGCUCCCAGUGUCAUGCUCUAGCUAAGAGGGUAACAUGAUUCUUCGAUCUAUAAACUGGCGAAUAUUGAGUAGCAACGGAGAGGGGGUAUCACCUCUGUAUGCGGCAUUGGGGAGACCAUUGUAGGAGACUGCGUCCAGUUCUGGAAUGCACCCUUCAGAAAGGGUGUUGACAAAUUAGAAAGGGUUCAGAAAAGAGCCACAAGAACAAUGUGAGGUCUGGGAAACCUUCUUUGUAGUGAGCCACUAAAGAGGUUUGAUCUAUUUAGCUUAUCCAAGAGAAGAUGAGUCGAUGAGUGGAUCCCAGUACCUACAUGGGGAGGAGAAUUCUGAUAUCAGAAGAUUCUUCAGAGUAGCAGCCAAAGGCUAAAUGAGAUCCAAUGGCAGGAAGCUGAAGGGAGACAAAUUCAGACUGGAAAGAAUGUGUGAAUUUCUAGCAGUGGGGGAAAUUAACCACUGGAACAACUCACUGAGGGAUGUGGUGGAUUCACCUGGAGUCUUUACACCAAGCCUGGAUGACUGUAAAAGCUCUGCUCUAGCACCACCAGAAGUUCUGGGCUGGCUGCAGGAAUCACUCGGAAACAAAGUGUGGGACCCCCUAGCAUAGAAUGUAGGUCACUUCAGGAGCUGAAUGAGCGAUAUGUCAGAGCCCUUCAUUCCCCGCUCCCACCCCACAUCCCUGGGGCCUCCCAGGAGGUCUCCAGCAGAACUACAGAAGAGGAGACUUUGAUCAGGAGCCUUGGUCAGGCACCAGGAGCACACUGGGCUUAGUGCUGUACGUUAUUAGGUAUUGUGACGGGUUGCUCCCUCCCCCUUCCAGGGCAACACCUGAUUUUACUGAGGUAUCACUGAGCCCGCCUGUUCUGCCAGCCUGGGUUCCCUCAUCCUGUCCUGCUGAGCCAGGUCCUCAAGCCUCUUCCAGCACACACCCAGGUAGGGCCACACCCAGCUGCAGAAAGACACAGAUGCUGAGUUCAGCUCUGCAUGGGACAGCUCAGCUCGGGGAUUGCCCAGCAUUCAAGAGCACACCCCCUCUGGAGUGUAAACCCAAAAUUGUCUUGUCUUAUGCUGCACAGACAACUGUACAGCGUAAGCUCAUGCAAAUCACCCCCUCCCUCAAUGGGGAGGAAGAUCUGCUCAGCUUUUUGCCCCCCAGUUAUGAAAUGCACAAACUGGAGAAAACAAACACAAGUUUAUUACCUACGAAGGAUAGAUUGUAAGCGAUUAUAAGGGCUAGCAAACAGAUCAAAGCAUGGGUCACUUGCUGGAGGAUUCUCUGCACCUUGAAGUCUUUAAACCACAAGCUGAGGAUUUCAAUACCUCAGACAUAGGUCAGGGUUUG